AUGUCGAGGUUUCAACUACGAAGAACCUUUGCGGUUUACCAGAAUCUCCUCGCAUCCGCUACAUUUCCGACCAUCCUUUUCACAGCCACGAGAGCCGCAGCUUUGUCUGCUCGGUCAUGCCAAAAUAGCGGCCCAUGGUAUACACCAGUGAAUCCCACCUGGAGACAGGAUCGCUUCUACGCAAUCACUCGACGGGAACCAAGGCAAGUGAGGCAUAUAGUAGACGUUUUGACAGUCUAUCAUUCAGGUCGGCAGCUUCAAAACAAAAUCCAGAAAUUGGAAGACAUGAAACUCAUCCCCGCCUACGCGAGCUUGCUCGACUUAAAGAUGAAGAUGGCCUCGGACGCGAAGCCCCCUGAGCUAUGGAGCCAAAGUCAAAAUGGGGAAACCUUUGGCCAACAAUUCCCAGAAUCUCUACGUCGCACAGUGAAGUGGAUACAAAACAAUUCCAAAAUACUCAAGCCUCCUCCACAUAACGUGGCAGAUCUGGCACAAUCAGCCGUCAAGCCCUUCGAGGAUGCCCGGAACUUCUGUCUUACAUCGCAAAACAGUCUGGGUAGGAUUCAUGAGCAGAUCAUGGACAUGCAACAUAAUAUUAGCGUUUUCAACAUAGAGCUAGAACGGGCAGAUAAAGUACAUCCCAGAGACAAAAAGAUGCUGGCGCAAAGACGUGAUAACGCAAUAAGCCGCCAGUUUGUCACAUCAAACGAAGCCUAUACAGACGCUUUGAACAGUUUUCACUGUAGUAUACUAUUGCCUACACUGGCUCUGAAUGAUGCAAAGUACGCUCAAAACGCGAUAAAUAUACUUGAUCAGUAUGUCCAGCCAUACUUCGAGAGCGGGGAGCUCAAGAGUCUUGGAGACGAGGUUGGUCUGCUACUAGAUCGCACAAUCACCCAGAAAGACGUUUUGGAACGAAUCUUGACAGAUCACAUGCGAGGAACUGCUACCAUAGCCAACACCUGGUUCCGACCGGUAUUCCACCAUCGAUUUGCCGAAAAAAUCUUGGAUAUACUGGCUCUGGCUCCUCCAUCUGAGAUGAUGCUUCCAUACAUGCGAAGCAUCCUCGCCCUUCUCUCAUGGCCUGGUACCUCUUUACUGACACCAGUUUCAGACAGCCUUGCGAGAUGGCGAAGAAGGCCACAGUCUAACUUAAAGACACGCUAG